GUGUUUGAGUCAAAAUGUCGUUAUGUUGGCGCAAGAAAGGAGAAAUAUCUAUCAUUCAUCGAAAAAAGCAAGAUGGAAUGGUUUGUCCUCGAAAACUGCGCAGAAGUUAGGGAGUACAUGAAUGAAUUCAAACAUACACAUCCCCAUGAUGAUCUUAAAACCAAAUUUCCGGGAUGGUUUCUCCAUAAGGUCCAUUCGAUGAAAACACAAAAUUCUCCAGAAUUCCACCCGGAGUUGUAUGCUCUUUCAAUUUGUGCGAAAAUGACUGCUUACACUUACACUGCUUGCAUAGUCAACGGUGUUAGGUUUAAGACACUUGAACGUGAUGCAAAAUGCGCAACGCAAAACUCUGGGGUGGAAGUGGUUGGAGAGAACGGUGUGAAAUUUUAUGGCCAAUUAGAAGAAAUUAUUGAGUUGCGUUAUACAAAUGAUUAUUCCACUGUCCUAUUUCGGUGCAAGUGGUUUGAUACUCAAAGGGGUGUAAACCAUGACAAUAAUAUCACCAGUAUAAGCACUGAACAUGAAUGGGACAAAGACGAUCAACUCAUAUUUGCUUCGCAAGCCAAACAAGUGUUCUUCAUCCAAGAAACGUCUCGAAACCAAAAAAAUAAACAUAGGUGGGUAGUCGAAAAUGUUAAUCAUCGAAGAAUUUGGGAUCGGCCAUUAAGUGAUGACCGCGUCAAUAAGGUUCAAAAUGUUGGCAAACGCUUAGAAGAUAGUGACGUUGUUGACAACAACUCUUCAUCUGACUGUCCACUUGUCAUUGACUUGACCCAAUACUUUCAAAUUGGAUCUUCUCAUGUUACUGCGGGUGAGCCUUCAAUUGAAGUUGAUCCCCCAACGGCCACCGUCGAUGAAGUGUUUGAAGUCGAGACUGAUUCUGAUGAGGUCGAGGCUGCUUAUGAUGAGGAUGAUCCCGAUUAUGUGGAGUCUGACUAAAAGAAAAGUUAUUGUAAUUUUUAUUGAUUUGUAAUUGAUUAACACUUGUUUGAAAUAUUUAUUUGAAUUUGAGUUACACUU